AUGACAACACCGACGACGGCAACAACAACUGCGACACCCACUGCGACUGCAACAACUCGAGUCACUUAUGCCGUCGGAGAUUUUGUGUAUUUCGACGAUCCCUCUGCAACCGAUGCGCCAUUUCAGAUCCGAAAAAUUGAUGAGCUUGUCAAGACAGAAAAAGGAAGUGUAGACGCCCGGUGUGUCAUCUAUCUUCGGAGGAGAGAUAUUCCACAACACCUUCUGAAAAUUGCCGAUCAAGCACAGAGGAGGUUCGAUAAUUAUUACGAAGUUGAUAAGAAGAAACCGGAAAAUUUCACCACAAAAGGAUUUAUUGUGGCCAACGGAUCACCACCAGAAGAGAUAAAAGAAGAGGAUCCCGAGGAUGAUGGUCCACCGAAAAUCGAUCAAGAGGAAGGUGUUGCUCCUGCACCAAUCAAUCAAGGACGUACAAGCUCUGAAGAUGCUCCAGAAAAUACAUCAGAUGACAGUAAACUGAAAGAAAAAGCAGAAUCAGAAUCCACAAAAUUGAUCGAUUGGGGUGAUGGAGGACUUCCUCUGGGAAUUGAAAAAUUGACACCUGAUCAGAGACUACGACUACGACAACACGAAAUUUUUAUGACGAGGCAGUCUGAAAUUCUUCCAGCUACUUUAAUACGUGGAAAGUGCCGAGUUGUGUUAUUGGGAGAUUGUGAAGAGGCGGAGAACUAUUUGCCACAUGAAGAUACAUUCUAUCAUUCUCUUGUUUAUGAUCCUACUGCACAGACAUUGCUGGCUGAUAAAGGAGCGAUUAGGGUUGGAGAAAAGUAUCAGGCAGUUGUAGAUGACUGGAUGGAACCAGAGGAGCGAGAAGCUAAAGAGAAAGCUGAAAAGGAGGCGAAAGAGUUGGCUGAAAAAGUAAAGAAAGAAGAAGAAGAGGCGAGGAUACAACAAGAGAAAGAAGAUGAAGAUUUCGAAAAUGGAAGAGAUCAAUUGAGAAUUGAUGAGGAUGAAGAAAUGCCAGAAGAGAAGGAAAAGAAGGAAGUGGACGACGAAAUCAAGAUCGAAUCCAAUGAAAAUGAAGCUCUUCAGACGGAAAAACCAAAAACGUCAGAUUCUCGAGAAGUUCCUGUCUGGCAUCCAUAUCACGAUCUUGUCGACCGAGAUAUUGAUCAGUAUUUGAUUGUCGCCAGAUCUGUUGGUCUUUUCGCUCGUGCUAUUGAUGGAGCAUCAGCUCCAAAGCUUCCAACUCUUCAGUUGGCUGCUUCAUUCGCUUCCAGAGAUGUUACUAUCCUCCACGCUCAUGCAAUUCUUCAUCAGGCUAACUAUGAUGUUGGUCAAGCUGUCAAAUAUCUUGUACCAGUUGCUUCUAGAGAAGCGUAUCCUUGCCAGGUCGAUGAUGUCUCUGGAUUGCAAACGAAAACUCUCGGAGGACCAAUUUUGUGCAGAGAUCAACUGGAGGAAUGGUCAACACCUGAGAUGAAUUUGUUCGAAGACGCAUUGGAUAAGUGCGGAAAAGAUUUCAGUGAAAUCAGAGCGGACUAUCUUCCAUGGAAGUCUACUAGAGAUAUUGUCGAGUAUUAUUAUCUUAUGAAAGCAUCCAACCGAUACACUGAUCGUAAAAAGAAUAAGCCAUCAGCCAAUGCAUCGGAUGAGAAAUUCACCAACAUCUACAUUCCACCCUUCAACAAAGCUAUCGCUGCUUCGAUUCAGCCAUUCAACACUUCCCAAAAUCUCGUACGAUCCGAGGUUCCCUGUGAAAACUGCGGAACUCUUGACGGAAUCAAUUGGUAUCAAUGGGGAGGCGUUGAGAAGAAAGUGCUGUGUUCGACGUGUUGGGUUAAAUGGAAGAAGUUCGCUGGACUUGAUCAGAAACACGAACUUGAGAGAUUCGAUAAGACACGACCACCAGUCUUGGAUCAACCAGGAGCCGCACCAGGAUCCAAUGGAAACGAUAAACCUCCCGUACUUCAGCAACAGCAACAGAAACCAGCUACGCCUACUGGAUUGGCCAAUCAGACACCACAACAAAGAGCCGCUGCUCAACUUCUCACGUUCAGAAAUGGAAGUGGUGGUACUGGAACUGUAAGUAAACAGAAUUUGUUGUCUGUUGCAAAGGAGGCGUUGGCACGUGGACAGAUCACUCAGGAACAAUUCAUUCAGUUGAAUAGAAACUUUGCAAUGCAUGUCAUGGCACAGCAACAACAGAUUCAACAGCAAACUCAACAGAAUCCGGCUACUCCUGCUCAAUCUGCGGGACCCCAAAAGAAAAAGAUCACCCCAGCCACUAAGCCAGCCGUCGUUUUCUACACAACGAUAUGUCGACGUGCCGUACGAAGAAUACUUCCAAAAAGUGCAUUCAACUUGAGAAGGUUAUCGAGAAGGCCUCAAACUGGAGUGGACGAGGAGAAGAUUCUAAGAGCUAUGAUUCUUAUCGACAAGAAGACCCUUCUCCAAUCUGCAAAUGCAGCUGCGGGCGAAAAACGGCAUUUGAUCCAGGAGCCGGACUUCUUCAAGGGAAUUACUCAUCUCCAACAUACUCUGACGUCGGCAGCAACCGUAAAACGAAGUGCUUCCCAAAUGACCAAUCCUGGAGAGCCAACGGCUAAAAUGCCAAGGCUAGAGCCAUCUGGACCGCCUCCUCGACAGGUUCAUUUCGCUAGACCUCAUCCUCCUAUAGUGGGAAGAUCUGGACUAGUAGCCCCAUCUCUUGAAGACGUCGGAAAUAAUCUUCUUGCCAUGAAAUCAUCACAUCAUCGUCCUCUUGCCACUGCUCAAAUCGUCACAAACCAGAAUUCUUCUCCACUUCUUCGAUACUAUCUUACACAAGUUGUACCCUCUGAGGGUGCUACGUCAUCUCAGUAUUCCUCUGCUUCUUCCAUCAUGCCACGUGUCACACCUACUAAUCAGAUGACGUCACCGGCUCCUGUUCAAAAACCAACCUAUAGAGAACGAAUCAGAAAACUGAUGAGAACGAAAACGGAUUCGAGAUGGUUUGAAAUAAGAGAAGAAGAUGUGAAGCUUGGUGUCGGGCCGAAAUUGAAGUAA